AUGUCCUGGGUCGGGAUCAAGAAGGCCGCGUCGCGCGCGGGCACGCAGCUCAUGCAGAAGACGGGUCAAGUCGAGCGCACCAUGGACCCAGAUUUUAAUGAGCAGGAGAGCCGCUAUCGCACCAUGGAGAAGGAGUCCAAGAACCUCCAGAAGGACGCCAAGACUUACUUGGACGCGAUGCGCACGAUGGCGUCGGCGCAGGGCCGCAUUGCUGAGACCGUGUCGCUGUUCUACACCGCCGACCGCGCGAGUGACGGCGCAAUGGCCGGACACUCGUACAAGGCGGCCGUUGACGAGCUCGACGCGAUGGUCGCCCGCGAUCUUGACGCGCCAUUCCGCGCAACCGUUCUCGAACCCGUCGGCAAGCUCAACCAGUACUUCACCAAUGUGAAUGCCGCGAUUGAGAAGCGGAAUCACAAGAUGCUCGACUACGACUCGACACGGUCAAAGGUUCGAAAGAUGGUCGAGAAGCCGUCGGACGACGCUGCCAAGUUACCCCGCGCGCAGGCCGAGCACGACGAGGCGGAAGAGAUUUACAAGAUGCUCAACGACCAGCUGAUCACCGAGCUUCCCCAGCUCGUCGAGCUGCGUAUCCCCUACCUGGACCCAUCCUUCGAGUCGAUGGUUCGCUGCCAGCUCCGCUUCGCCGAGGAGGGCUAUGACAAACUCUCUAGCGUGCAGAGGUACUUUAACGAGAACAUCCGCGACGACUAUGCGAACGGACAGCUUGACGUGCAAGUGGAGAAUGUUCUUGCUGAGAUGAAGGAGCUCGCCAUCUAUGGCGUGUAA